AGCAAAAUGUUCGUAAGUUUUGCGUAAGUUAAGACGAAAUCCUACGACAGGGGUCCGAUCGAUCUUACGAACAUUUUGGCGACUUUCAACCAAAAUGGCUGCCGCGUACGUCGUCUACCUACUUCAGCAGCAGCGCGACGCGGAGCGGAAUCUACGGCAGCAACGUGUGUUCCGCACUCCUCGGACACUCGACACCAUCGCCGAUAACCAUCUGGCGAGGUACUACCGUCUCCCGAGGCCUGCCAUGGAGAGACUCUGCGAGGCGCUCGCACCUGCGCUCCGCCGUCCGACGGCUCGGAACUGUGCGCUCCCCGUGGACGCCCAAGUACUACUGGCGCUUCGCUUCUAUGCGAGCGGCAGUUUUCAGUCGGUCGUGGGCGACGUGGGGAAUAUGAGCCAGACGAGUGCUUCGCGCAUUAUAAACUCGGUGAGCAGCGCGCUCUGCAACUUUGCUGAAAAAGGGAUCAAGUUCCCCGUGACCCCGCAGGCAGCAAUGCGUACUGCACGCGGCUUUGCGGAAAUCAAUGGAUUCCCCAAGGUGCUGGGGUGCAUCGACGGCACGCACAUCGCCCUCAAGAUUGCGAAGAAGGACCAGAACAUCUACCGAAACAGGAAAGGAUACGACUCCCUGAAUGUGCAAGCGGUCUGCAAUGCGUCGAACGAAAUCACACAGCUCACAGUGAAGUGGCCGGGGAGCACGCAUGACAGUUUUAUGUGGCGCAACUGCGACUUGUCGGAGAAGUUCGAGGCUGGGGUCAUGCCCGAUGGCUGGUUGCUGGGGGAUGCAGGCUACCCCCUGCAGCCAUGGCUGAUGACGCCAUUUCGCAAGCCGAAGGAGGAAGAGGGCGAAGAAGCCUACAACAUGUGCCUCACCAAGACGCGUCAAGUUAUAGAGAGGACAUUCGGGAUAUUGAAGUCCCGCUUCCGGUGUCUCGACAGGUCCGGAGGGGUCCUACAGUACACCCCAAGCGUGUGCUGCCGUAUUAUCGUGGCGUGUGUGGUCCUCCACAAUUACUGCAUCCGGCACCAUGUCUCCCUCACAGAUCCACCAGUUGUGGAAUCCGAUGAGGAGGAGGAGGAGGAGGAAGAAGACGAAGAAGACAGGCCGAGCACCGCCAGGGACACGCCUGCUGGCAUUGUUGUAAGGAGAAACCUUGUUAACGAAGUAUUCAAGUGAAAGCUUAUGAAAGCACAAAAGCGAUCACUGGGUGUAGAUGACACCCACUGAUCUCCGACGAUUUUCUGGAUCACGCAUCACCACUUCGGGGGUGAAGCCACUGGAAGUUCUCAAUAGACCCUUUUCAAAAAUCCCAAAAGCCCGCGCGUGCGAGAAAUAAUGGGAGUUUUUGGUAUGCCACUCCUCCCGCU